AUGGGCGGGCAUCGCCACGCUGUCUUCCAGGUCUUUGCAUGGGGCCUGUGGACACUUUCUGCCGCGAUUACGCUGCCCGUCUACUUAUCGCUGCUCGUGGAUGACAGCCGGAGCUCUGCCGCGUGCAGCAUGCUCCUGAGCUUCCUGGGUCUGCGGAAGCCUCUCAUUCCUCUCACGCACGUCGAUGCCGCUUCUGGCGCGGCUGCGGUGUCGGGUCUCUGGGGUGAGCUGUUCAUGCUGAAGGCAUUGCUUGUGUUUGAAAGCGAUACGCGGCUCAGCUCUGGUGGACGGAAAGACGACAGUCGUCGCAAGGCCACAAAGGGCCGGCAGCAGCAACAGCAGCAAAUUGAAUGCUGCAAGAAGGCCAGCGACGGCAGUGAAAAGCAUGCCAACGGUAUUGCAAUAGACCAACACGGGGAGGGUCGCAACCAUCGUACGCAGCUCCUGGAGGGUCCUCUGGCCAGUCUGCUGGUGUGUCUGAUGGGCAUGGCGCUGUCCGUGACGGGCUUUGGGUUGCUGCUGGCACUGGAGCACCUGCCGGACACCUCAUCAGGGGUUUUGUAUUGUUGUCUAGCGCUUUCAUGCGUCUUCAUUGGCGCCAGCAGUACACAUGGUCUUGGCGGUUACCUCCGACACUGCGCCGGCGCCGCUAGCAGCGCCGGCGCUGCCGUACUGCGUGGCGGCGCCAGCGCCGCAGCGGCGGCGGCGGCGACGGUAGCAGCGGGCGCCAUGCACGGUGCCAGCGGUGUGGGUGGCGCCAGCGCUGCCAAAGAGGAGGAGGAGGAGGCUGAUGUGGCAACCACGUGGCGCUUUUUCCAACCAUUUCAGGGAGGGUCCGUAUUUGUGGCGACGCAGGCCAUUGGCUGGACUCUGUUCAGCAGCACUGUGGUGGCGGUGUUGCUGCUGGCUAAGGAGCUGGUGGUGGGCGUGGGUUACUGUCUUCGCUGCUGGGCGCUGGCGGUGGGGGCGCUCAUGAUGGCCACGCAGCUGGUGCUGGGGGUGUCCAUUUUGACCUACGAGAACCGCAGCCGGGCCCGUAACCUGCUGCAGCCGGUGCUGCACCACCCUCGGGCGUCAUUCGCCCGGGCCGCAGGUCUCAUCAUGCCUGUCGUACUGAUGUACCUGCCCCUCCACGUCAGCUGCUCCUCCAUGGCCUCCGUUUUCACACUGCUGCCGCCGCGACAUGCAGCAGCUGUCGUACUUGCCGUACUGGUGCCGUAUUUUGUUAUCACGUUGCGCGGCCAUCCUGCUCAUUCCGGUUGCCGCCGUUGGGAGUGGCUGUGUCGCUGGUUCGCUCGGGAGGUGGAGGGCAGUCUCUCCUGGUGGGCCGGGCGGCUGGAGGUCAUUCGUGACUUCCCGGGUACUGCGCACCAGGUCGCGGACGAGCUGGAUGACAGGAGACACCGGGAACAACAACAACAGCAGCAGCAGCAGAAGCAGGAGGAGCAGCAUUGCGAACAACAACACGCACAGCAGCAGCUGCAGCAGCACUCGAAGACGCAGGAGGAGAGGUCGAGGGGCCUGAGGCAGGGGCGGUUUCAGGAGCAAAACAGCGUAUCGUUGCUGCCGUGCUCCGGGGCAGCAGGGUCGCGGCAUCAGGCAGAUCUUCCCCGCGGCUGUCAUCGUCGCUACGUGCUAGGCUUCCACCCUCACGGUCUCUACCCCACCGGCGCGGGCUUCCUGCCGCUAAUGCCUACGGUGCAGGCGGCCUUCCCGGGCCUUACGUUGGUCACCCUCACCGCCUCUAUCGUACACUACUUGCCAGGUCUACGUGAUAUUGCUGGAUGGGCGGGCUUUCGCCAGGUCACCCGCGCCACAUUCCGGAGAGCCCUCCGGGACACGGGCGCCGUGUUGCUGUGCCCCGGGGGGCAGGCAGAGCUGGUGUAUGCAGAUAGGGCCUUCCCGCCCAGGGGCUCCCCCGCAGCGGCAGCAGCGGCGGCGUUUGCUGCUGGCGCGGCGACAGCGACAGCGGCGGCGCUGACACCGACGCCGCAGCAACCGGAGGAGGGGUCUCCCCUGGACCGCGCGAUCCUCGUCAUUUUUGCAGGGCACCAGGGCUUUGUACGACUUGCGUUGGAGGAGGGCGCGUGGCUGGUUCCUGUGCUGGCGCUGGGGGAAACCUUGCAGCUGCGCAACCUGAUUUCCGCUCCCGAGAUGCAGCGCAUCACGUACAAGCGACUUGGUUUCCCGGUUCCCUUCAUCUUGGGGGGCCGCUGGAGCCUCACCACCCUGCCGCUCCGAAACCCGCUUGUCUACGUCAUCGGCCGGCCCCUACAACCUCCGCCGCUGGGCUUGGAGGUUGAGCGCUGCCGUAAGAUGGCGCCGGCAUGUCGCGAUACGGCUCCAUCGUCUUCGCCGCCAGGCGGCGAUGGCAACGGCGGCCGCGGCAAACCGGAGCUACGGCAGCGGCGACACCGGCGACAGGCGCCGCCAGUGCAUGCUGGCGAGGCGGGCGGAGGCGGCGACGGUGACGUUAGUUCAGGUGUCGUAACGAUUCCGCAAUCCGUAGUGGACGAGUAUCACUGCCGGUUUUACGCGGCGCUGGCGGCGCUGUGGCGGCGGUACCACAGCCGUCACCCCGUACUGCGCCACGCGGAGUUGCUGUUGGAGUGGGGGCGGCAUGGACGGCCCGCCGAGUUCGAGCGCUACCUCGCGGAGGCGGAGCGGGAGCAGACAGCCCGGGCGGAGGCGGACGGGGUGGUGACGGCUGUGUUUUAG